CCGGAUUGGAUCUACACAGCCACGGCACAGUCAUUGCAUGAGAAAGAGGGGGCUGGUCAGCGAGUUUCCUGAUCCUCUCUCUCAGUCUAGCCUCGGUCUGACCGGACAGGCGAAAAACACUUAGGGAUUUAGAACAAAAGCGACAACGGACAACACGGAGCAGCUGAAGUGGCUUAUCCACUCGCAACAUUGUGGGAUAUUGAAGCGUCUGCAGCAAUAGAGGUGUGACAUCUCUGAUGGCGGCGUGCAGUAACAAUGACCUUAAGGUUAUCUCUCCAAGAGGGGUGCCGUCAAAGAGACUAGAUGGAAACCUCACUAAUCCGCGGCAGCCAAAGUCACCCCACCGCCGCAACUCCACUGGAAAGGAACACGUGAGCAGGCCGCGAGAAAGCAAUGGCAGUGCUGCAGUUAGCUUCAGCACUAAUCAUAACUCUGUAGUAUGUCUUCCUCUGGUAUCUGAAGGACUGAAGCUAGUGUGGACCCAGUCAGAUCAAACACGUGAGCUUGAUUCUAUCCCUGAACUGGUACAGGCCUUCAACGUCUUCCCCUACCCAACACCUCAAGAAGUCAGCACCCUGGCCCGUGUCUGUGCUCUUCCACUGGAUAAAAUCAAAGUCUGGUUUAUGGUGCAGCGCAUCAAGUAUGGAAUAAGUUGGGCAUCAGAGGACAUAGAAGAGACGCGACUUAAGCUGGCCAGGCCUUUGCAAAUGAGUGAGACUGAACACAAAGACAGUAAGGCAAAGAAGAAAAAUGGAUUUGAUGAUUUUAAGGAAGCAGAGAGGAAGCAUCAUGUAGAAGAUCUAGUGCACAGUCCACAUUUGCCUCACAAAAAACAUAAAAAUGAAAGCAAAGAACCAGCAAAGCUCUCUCCUGCUGCUUCCCAUUUCCGAUCAUCUCUCCCCCCGCCUCAGGAUUCAUACUAUUACCGCCAUCCAGUGGAAAUGGCAGAAACGCCUCAAGCAGCUAGCUCGCCAACUUCUACGGAGUCUCCUGUUGGAUCAGACCAGCCUAGGCAUGGCCGCUACAAAAAGACCAAAGCACAGUUAGCUGCUUUGCGUAAGAGUUUUCUGCAGGAGAACUGGCCUGAUGAGAUGGAGCUCCAACGCCUUCAAGAGGAGACGGGCCUAACUCGUAAUGAUAUUCGAAAAUGGUUUAGUGACAGUCGGUACCAGCUACGAAAUGGUAGGUGGAUCUCAGCCUCGACGUCCAUCCCUACUACUCGAGAAAAAAAUGAAUCUAUGUCCAUUCCAUUUUCUCAGACUGAGGAGGUUCAGCCUCUUUCCUUCACCACUAAAAAGCUGAAAACUACACAGCACACUGAUGGCGAAGGCAAGAAUAAGGCUCAUGCGAAAGGGGCACGAAAAAAUCAGUCAAGAGACUCUGAGUUUUUCCAGAAAUUCCUGUCUAACACUCUUGAGGCGUUUGAAGACGGAGCAUCAGGAUUGGAUGAGGAAAAAUGUUUAGAAGAUGGUGAGAUUCUGAAUAAUGAUGAAGUUGGAUGUGAACUGGACAGUGAUGGACAUUGUGGGACACCUCCAGAGCCAGUUGUACCCACUUCUCCUUCUCUAUAUGUCACCCCAUCUAAAAAACAGUCACGGUCAUUGAAAUCUGCACGCUCUGUCAAAGCAAACACCUUGGCCAACUGUCCACACCUUUCGGACCACGCUUCGCCUUCUUCAGUAUUAACAGCAGCUGGGCGACAAAGGAAAACAAAGGAGCAGCUGGCAGUCCUAAAGGAAUACUUCCAGCGCUGCCCAUGGCCAAAGAGUGAAGUGUACACGGAGCUAGUGGAAGUAACAUCUUUGCCUCGUGCUGAUAUUAUCCAGUGGUUUGGGGACACGCGCUAUGCUGUAAAAAAUGGCCAUGUGCGCUGGGUGGAUGCUAAUGCACGUGACAAAGUGCUUGCAGAGAUUGUGUUGCAAAGUGAAGGCAGUGGCUCCAGUGGAACCCCAGGAAGAGAAGGCAGCAAAAAACGCAAGUCACAAGGUAAUAGUACACCAAAGACACAGAAGUCAGCACCAGAUUCUACAGACAUUAGUCCUCUGGAGCUGUAUCAUCGGCAGACGGGUCCAUUGCAAGAGAAAGACCUCGACAGUCUUUGCCGAAAGUCAAAAAUGAGCUACCAACAGGUGCGAGAUUGGUUUGCUGCUAAGGAUGAUAAUACACUGGACACGGAGCUCUAUGUUAUUGACUGAUAGUUUAUAGGGAAAAUCUUUGUUUGUAAUCAUGUAGUUGUCUGUUAAACUGCUGUGACUUAAAAUCUUCAGGGGUUGGAGAAAAGGCAAGACUCUUUUAGAGGCACAGAAUAAAUUAACUCACUUUCAUGCAAUUCCUUCUCUACUAUGUUAAAAAGCAGGCUAAAUUUGAUCAGCUACAAAGGCAGUAUUAAAAAUGCAGAUGAUGUUCUUAAAUUUAUUUUUGUUGUUUACAAACUACUUGACUACAUUCACCACCAAAUAUUGUUAUUGCGCUGUACACUGGCUGUUUCUCCACUUCUUACAUUUUUGUUGUUGUAAUAUUGUCAAAUCUUCUAGAGCCUUAAUUGCUGCUUCUUAGAACUGACGUAAUGCUCAGUUGCAGAAACUUUGUUUGGUCCUUCAUUAAGUACUAUAGAUUUAGUUGUCUGGACCAGUUACUAAAGAGAGUACAUUUUUAGUGUUUUAAUUAAUAUGCGAUCCACAUGGCCCUGUGUAACAAUUUCCCUCUCAAACUGAUUAACCUUAGUAAGUUUACAUUAUACUUUUCCCUCCAAUUAUUUUUGCGUAACAUUCCGCACUUAAAGUUUCUUUUUAAUGGAUGCAUUUAUCUAAUCUUGCUACUUCAUUGUAAAGGAACAUUUUAGUUUGAAUACCUCCCUGCUCAACUGCAAAUGUGCUCCGCAUUCAACAGUGAAAGCUAUAGUUUUUGUAAAACCAUGUGCCUUAUAGUCUGUAAAGGGAUAAGAAUUUGUGCAUUAAAAAAAUCGUAACAGAUUAUGUUUCACUUAGUUGGAUACUGUCAAAAUAACCUUUUGUAACAUUAUCAAUGAUAUCUUAUUAAAGGGAUAGUUCACCCAAAAAUGAAAAGUCUGUCAUCAUUUACUCACUCCAUGUAACACAAACGGAGAUGUUAAACUGAAUUUUAGCCUCAUUUCGUUCAUUUUCAUCAUAAGGAAAAAAGAUGUAAUCAAAGUAAAUGGUGACUGAGUCUAAUUUUCUGUUUAACAUCUUUUGUGUUCCAAUGCAAGAAAGUCAGUCAAAUGGUUUGAAACAACUUUAGGAUGAGUAAAUUAUGCCAGAAUUUUCAUUUUUGGGUGAACUAUACCUUGAAUUGUUAGAAAAGAAUGGGGUAUUUAACUUCUUGGACUGUAAAUCCUUUUCAUAAAUCCAAAGUAUUGAAUGAGCUCUAAAGCAUUUUGCGUGAUUUGUAGAAUAAUAAAAUAAAAUCUCUGUUGUCUCA